AAAUUACCAAUUUGCCCCUCUCAGACAACCUCUUGUCUCUGUUCCACACCGCGACACUGACUACCCGUGACCAACCGAAUCUAAAGACAGAGAAAGAUGGCGUCGUGGUGUGCUGCUAAGACCUUCAACAUUUCAUCCGUCAACGCCGCCGUUAACAACCGCCGAGCUUCAUGGGCCGCCGGGAUCGGCGGUCUCUCAGUCGCCGGCACCGCUAUGUGGCGUUCCUCUUCGUCUAAGCGCUCUUUACCCUUCCUUUGCUCAAGCCUUUCUACUGAUGCUCGGAUCAAGGAAGCUGUUCACACUGAUAAGGCCCCAGCGGCAUUGGGACCAUAUUCUCAAGCAAUCAAGGCCAACAACCUUCUAUUUGUGUCGGGUGUCCUUGGUCUUGUUCCUGAGACCGGGAAGUUCGCUUCAGAUGAUGUUGAAGUUCAGACUGAGCAGAUUCUAAAGAAUAUGGGGGAGAUCUUAACAUCCGGGGGUGCCAGCUACGCAUCAGUUGUUAAGACAACAAUUUUGUUGGCUGACUUGAAGGACUUCAAGAAAGUUAAUGACAUCUAUGCUAAAUGUGAGUACGCUUCUCUUGCGCGAGAAUCAUUUUAUUUUUAUGUGAAUGCGCUUCUCACUUCUGAAUUGUCAUCCAAUGUUUCAAUAAUCAUUUACAUGUGGUUUGAAUGGUUUCAGACUUUCCUUCACCUGCCCCGGCUCGCGCGACGUAUCAGGUAGCUGCCUUGCCGAUGGAUGCGAAGAUUGAAAUAGAGUGUAUAGCAGCACUCUGAGCUCCAGUUGUAUACGUGGAUGACUCUUUAGAGAAUCAGGUCAAUAAUGCCGGUGGGACAUUAUGACAUAUCCAAUCAUUGGUUUUUGUCUUUGGUCUUUUCUAGUUUGGUCAUGAUUUUCUUCAUAUAUUCUCUUUCAAGAUAUUGUACUCAAUAAAAAUGAAAGAAAUUGAAGAGUUCUAGUUUGUAAGUUAAAUGAAGCCAUGAUCCAUAGUUGGAUGUGUCAUAUAAUAAAGCAAUUUGUCCCACAAGUCUUUUGUGAUUA